GAUCUUUAAGCGUGUGCGGCGCCGUGGCUCAGAGGUGCUCAGACAAAGCCGCGCGCUCGCACAUAAGAGCAGUUUGACCGAUUUACACAUCGCGUGCGAACUAACCGCUUCUCGUGACAGCGGGACAGAUGCUUCUCAGGCAAACGCUGCCUUCACUGCAGGAAGUGUGGCGAGGCAGCACAGCGCAUGCUCUCGUGCCUCUCCGACGAGCGGAGGAUGAAUUAUCCCCUGCUGUAACACGGUAGGUAAAAAACAAACAAACAAUGACAAUAUGCUUUAAAAGUAGCAGGUGGUGUGUCAGACUUCCAGGUGGACCCUGUGUGUGGAAGAGGAGCGCGCGCCGUCGCACCCGUUGUUGGCCGGGGUGUGCGUGCCGCCGCACCAACAGACGUCAGCUCGAGUGGCUGAAGGAGGCUCUGCGGGGAAGGGUGAUGGCGGGUGCUGAGGUCGUUGUGUCUUCAGGGAAUCUCAUGACGGUGAGAGAAGAGGAGGGGGAGUCCAGUGGCAACAACCAUAAGACUCAAGUCAUCCUGCACCUGCAGCCCAUCCUGCACGGGAUAAAUGAUGACAUUGCUGACACUGGCACCACAGUCUUGGCCAUAGAGACACACCAUGACGACAGUAAAGCAGAAGGAGAGGAGGUGGAGUACGGCUACCCCAUCACCUGUGGAGACAGCAGGGCGGUUCUGCUAUUCAAGAAGUUUGUGUGCCCUGGAAUUAAUGUCAGAUGUGUCAAAUUCAAUGACCAGCUCAUCAGUCCUAAGCAGUUUGUGCACCUGGCAGGGAAAGCCACUCUGAAGGACUGGAAGAGGGCCAUCAGACUGGGAGGUGUAAUGCUCAGGAAGAUGAUGGACUCCGGCCAGAUAGAUUUCUACCAGCAUGACACCGUGUGCAGCAACACCUGCCGCAGCACUAAAUUUGAUGUGCUGAUCAACAGCACGCGGCUUCCUCCGGGGACCUUGGUGCAGCCGAGCCCGUCGUGUCUGGCUCUCGACCCUCUUGGAGGACAGGUGCCUCCCCUGACAGGAGAGGUUGUGCAUGAUGCCGUAGAGGCGGAGGAGCCCUUGGAGGAGAAGUUCAGCCCAACAGCAGAGUGGAGCGCUGGUCCAGCUCGGCAUGGAAAUCCCACAACAGCCAAUGGACAUGCUGCAAAGAGAAAGAGGGCUGACACACCUGACGGAGUGUUGAGCCUGUGGAAGGGUGUUGCAGACUCGGGGCUGAUGGGGGAGGUUCUGUCCAGUCUGCAGACUGAGUUAUUAGCCACUUUGAAAGGCGUGGAGGUUCGCAGUGAGAAGGCCGACCUGCAGGAGACAGAUGCCGUCAUACUCAAUUCCCUGUGUAAGAUGUGUGGGCUUUUAGACUCAGUGAAGCAAGCUCUGGACCUGAAGCGCAGCCAGGAUGAAGAGAACAAAAUCCAUAACAAUGAUUAUGUGUUGGAUGACAUUUUGGAGGAACAGAGGAAGCAGAGUUGUGAUAAAAGCACCUCUUACAAAGUUAAGUCCUUGAAACACCUACGACCUCAACGUCACAGCCCAUCAAACAGCCAAACCCACAGCUUUCUUUCCCCCAUCCCGUCCAGGCCAAUGAUCCAGCCUCUCUCUGUUACUGGUUUGUCUACGGCAUCUUACGCUCAGCUCACCAUCAACCCUCAUCUCUUCACCCAUUUCUCUCAUCACCAUGCCAGAGCUGGCAGGAUGGACCGAGAUGGCCAUAGCAGCACGCUAGAGAGGGAGCAUGAGCUCAGUGAGAACCAGGAGAAGCUUCACAGGCUCAGACAGGAGGGCGUGGACAAAGAGGACGCCUCAGGGACCCACAAAGAGCUUGGACAGAGGACUGUUCAGUUUCAACCAGACCAUCACUUUAGAAGUGAGGGAGUGGAGGGGACAGAGGGCAUGCAUGACAUUGAAAAGGUGGUUAUAGGAAGAAAGGCAUCAAAGAAACAUAAAAUCAAGUGAGGGAGAGAGACAAUCCCAAAGGGCCGCUGGAUUAGGUGAGGGAACAUGCCUGAGGCCUGAAGACUGACAGGGGAAAAGAUUUAAAAAACAGCGUGCUGUCGUCAAACUACUUUUUUUCUUGUGGUCUCAUUUAUAAAUUGUGGUUACUUCAGUUGUGGUUACUUCAGAGAUGUUACUGGCACUGAUUUGUUCACAAAGAGCAUUUUGGAUAUUGUUUUCUUACAUUUUAUCAACUUCAAACACAGCAGAGGUGGAAUGAUUAGUUGAUCCAUCAUUAAUUAUUUGACAGAGAGAAGAUUAAUUUGCAAGGAUUUUGAUAAUCGAUCAGUUAUUUCAUUUAAGCAAAAAUUCCCAAAAUGCACUGGCCCCCACUUCUCAUAUGUGAAUACUAUUUGUUUUUCUUGAGCAUUAAAGCAUGUAAACCUAUUUAGGUAGUAAUCCCAAAAUGAAAUUAUGAACCUAAUUUAAUUAAGAUUUAAAUCUUUAGUUGCCGAAUACACAGACUUGUUUUCUCUUCAUUUAUUGUAUAUAGUAUUAACACCAGGUUUGGGUGAGAGUUUCUCAAAAAUUCUAAGAUGCCUUUAAGAUGUCUGUAAAUAUAUUGACCUUGCUAAAA